AUGGAGUCCUCCAUCGACUUGACUGUACAUCACCAUGGGACUCCGCAUAGCUUUCAACUCCCCACCUCGGCCACUCUACAAGACCUCUCCGCAGCAAUAGAAAGCGAGCUCAAUAUUCCCGUCGCAAACCAGAAGCUCUUGAUAGCACCUAAGCCCGGCAUGCAAAAGGCGCCCUUCUCUCCAACGCUGCUCUCCACCAUCCUUCCUCUCGACUCACCGAAAUUCAAAAUCACCCUUCUCGGCACCGCCGCUCAAGCCAUCGCCGACCUCCACGAACAAGCCUCCGCCACCAACCGCCGAGAAGAAGCGCGCGCGGCCGCCCUGGCCUCCGCCCGCCGUGCUGCCACAAAGCCCACCCCCCGCAGCAGCGGUGUCCACACCCUCUCCUCCUCCACGACCAGCUAUACGUUCCACAGACUCCUGCCGCUUCCCUAUCUCCCGCGCCCGGAGCGCUCUCUCGCAUUCCUCAAACGUCUCCGCGACGACCCAGGCAUCCGUGCCGCCAUGGCCGCGCACAAGUUCUCCGUGCCUCUGCUGACAGAAAUGAACCCGGCCGAGCACACGACGUCCGAGUCACGCACGCUUGGGCUGAACCGCAACAAGGGCGAGGUGAUUGAGCUGCGACUGCGGACAGACGCAUACGACGGGUACCGCGACUAUCGGACAAUCCGGAAGACGCUGUGCCACGAGCUGGCGCACUGCGUGUUCGGUGACCACGACCGUGACUUCUGGGACCUGACGGCGCAAAUUGAGCGCGAGGUCGAGCGGGCCGAUUGGACGGCGGGUGGGCACCGACUUAGCACCCAAGAAUUCUAUAACCCAGGCGACUGGGAACGCGUGCAGAGUGGAGAGGAGGUAAUUGACGAGGAGGGCUGGACAGGUGGGGAGUUUGUGCUCGGAGGGCUUGGGGAGGGAGGCAAUGCGGGGUCUUCGUUGUCGCGGAGAGAGAUUCUGGCGCGCGCGGCAGAGGAGAGGAUGCGGAAGGAGAGACAGGAGAAGCCGGACAAGGCAUAA